AUGUCUAUGCUUUCGCCGAUCUUUAUUAGAGUUUCUGAGAUUUGGAGACAGUGGGACUUACUUGUAUCGAGAAAUAUUUUGUAUACACUGAAAAGUAUAGGUUGGGAUGUGGAUCCAAUCAGUCCCGCAACAAAAGACUAUAUAGCCGUGGAAAGUCCUACAUUCUUGAUCUCAAACCUUUUAUUUUACAUUGUUAUCAUUGGAUUUGGUCGCGCUCGGAUAAGGAGAACUCAGAGAAAACAAGACUUGCAGAACGGAAGUCCGGGUUGGGUGCACUUCUUCGUAAUUAUUCACAAUAUUUUCCUAAUUUUAUUGAGUCUAUACAUGUGCUGUGGAUGUAUCUUAGAGGCCAGGAAAAAUAAGUAUCACCUGUGGGGCAAUGAAUACAAGCAGAGCGAAGUGGAGAUGGCAAAAUAUAUAUACAUUUUUUAUAUCAGCAAGAUAUACGAGUUUGUUGAUACCUUUAUCAUGCUUUUGAAAGGAAACAUCAAGCAAAUUUCUUUUCUACAUGUUUACCAUCAUGCCACAAUUUCAUUCAUAUGGUGGAUGAUAACAAGAAAAGCUCCAGGUGGCGAUGCUUACUUUAGUGCUGCCUUGAAUUCUUGGGUUCAUGUUUGUAUGUAUACUUAUUACUUAUCUGCUGCUCUGUUGGGAAAGAAUAAGCAUGUGAGGAAAAAAUAUUUAUGGUGGGGAAAAUAUUUAACACAGCUACAAAUACUUCAAUUUGUACUGAACCUUCUUCAAGCCAUGUAUUGCUCCGCGUAUUCGCCUUACCCUAAGUGGAUAUCAAGAUUAUUAUUUGUUUAUAUGCUCAGUCUUUUGGUAUUAUUUGGUCAGUUCUACUAUACGAAGCACAUCGCCUUGGAGAAGAGGAAGUUGAGAUGA